AUGCCAACACGUGGCGACUACUUUGUCCAAGGACGAAAUUCUACAGCUAUAUUAGAGGUUAUGGAACGUGAGCUUCUAGACUUCAAGCAAAAGCUAUGUGAGCUGUCUACUGGAAUUCAAGAAAAAAGAAGCACUGUCCUUCAGCUAUGCAACCGCGCAAAUGCAAUCCGUCUUGCAGGCAUUAGACAUCGUGUCACUGAAGCUGUCGACUACGAGUUAAAGGCUGCUGCCCUUUUCGGAGAAACGAUGAGCCCCCAGAUCCAACUAAGAGAUGCCUUCCUUCAGGAACACAACCGGGUUGGAGAUUUUACACAAGAGAUCGCUAAAGCUGAAAACGGUGACAGCGAUGAUUGA